CUUGAGAUUAAACUAGUACCACCUUUUUAUUUGAACCUUAAAAAAAACAAAAUCAUAGUGUAAUUUAUCUUCAUAAAAUCAAUUUUAUUAUGGCUAAAAAAAUUAGUGUUAGAGCUAUUGUUACUGUCCAAUUAACUGCUACUGGGUUCUUGAAGAACAUUGGUUUAGGCCAAGGAAUUGAUGGCAUUUCAGAUCUCUUGCUAGGCAAUGCUCUCCAUUUGGAACUUGUUAGCUCCGCCGAUCCAAAGUUAGGGGCAAAUUUGGAAAAGGAGGCAAUUAGAGCACCAGCAAAACUAAACAUCUUUUUACGUCCCGAGGAAAAUGAAACCAAGUAUGAAUCAAAGUUACAAGUCCAUGAAAAUUUUGGAGAACUUGGCGCAAUCUUAGUUACAAAUGAGCAUAGAAGAGAAAUGUUCGCUAAAGAUAUCGUCCUCGAAGGCUUGCCUCAAGGUGUUGUUAAGGUGGAUUGUGAGUCUUGGGUGCAUUCCAAGUACGAUAAUCCUGAGAAAAGAAUCUUCUUCGCGAAUAAGGCUUAUUUACCAUCACAAACUCCAGCUGGAUUAAAGAGUUUGCGUGAAAAGGAUCUUGAGAGUUUGAGGGGCAAUGGACAAGGAGAACGACGGUCUUAUGAUAGAAUUUAUGAUUAUGACACUUACAACGAUAUUGGUGAUCCUGAUAGUAACUCUGAGCUUCUCCGGCCGGUUCUAGGAACCAAGAAACAUCCUUAUCCAAGGCGUUGUAGAACCGGACGUCCACCUGCUAAGAAAGAUCCAUCGUCAGAAGAAAGGGCAGGCAGCUUCUACGUGCCAAGGGACGAAAAUUUUUCGGAUUUGAAAUCGAUAACAUUUGGGAUCAAUGUCCUAGACAAUGUAUUGCAUGCACUAUUACCUUCUCUAGAGGCAACCAUUGUUGAUACGAAUCUCGGAUUCGAAAGCUUCAAAGAGAUACUCGUAUUGUUCAACAAAGGAAUUGAGCUGUCUGAUAUGAAAAACAGAAGUAACAUGAAAGAUCAGUUGCCUAACCUGUUUGAUAGUAAAGAUGUUAUUAGUUUUCCUACCACUGAAUUAAUGGACAGAGAUGAGUUUGCUUGGUUUAGAGAUGAUGAGUUUGCUCGCGAAACUCUUGCUGGUCUAAAUCCUUACGCAAUCAAGCUUGUCACGGAAUGGCCUCUGAAGAGCAACCUAGAUCCUGAAGUUUAUGGUCCACCAGAAUCAGCAAUCACUUCAAAGUUGGUCGAGGAAGAGAUCAUGGGCAUCAUGUCUGUUAAAGAGGCUCUAGAGAAAAAGAAACUCUUCAUGCUGGACUACCAUGAUUUGUUGCUGCCUUUUGUGAACAAAGUAAGACAGAUUAAAGACACAACAUUGUAUGGAUCACGAACGUUGUUUUUCCUCACCCCUGAAGGCACUCUUAGGCCUAUUGCGAUUGAGCUAACAAGGCCUCCUACUGAUGAUGGGAAGCCACAAUGGAAGCAAGUGUUCUCACCGAGUUGCGGGGAUGCUACCGAGGGCUGGCUUUGGAGGCUUGCUAAAGCUCAUGUACUCGCUCAUGAUUCUGGUCAUCACCAACUUAUUAGCCACUGGCUAAGGACUCAUUGUUGCGUAGAGCCUUACAUAAUUGCAGCCCAUCGACAACUCAGUGCUAUGCAUCCAAUUUUCAGACUCAUGAACCCUUACUUUCGGUUCACCAUGAUGAUCAAUGCUCUUGCUCGACAAGCCUUGAUUAAUGCGGGUGGGAUCAUUGAGACCUCGUUCUCUACUGAAAAGUAUUCCAUGGAGUUCAGCUCUUAUGUAUAUGACAAGGAGUGGAGGUUUGAUCAACAGGGUUUGCCAGCUGAUCUUAUUGCCAGGGGAUUGGCUAUUGAAGAUCCAUCAGCACCCCAUGGUUUGCAGCUGACAAUCGAGGACUAUCCUUUUGCCAAUGAUGGGCUUAUCCUCUGGGACGCGAUCAAGCAGUGGGUGACUGACUAUGUCAACCACUACUAUGCUACAGAACAUCUAGUCAAGGAUGAUAAUGAGCUCCAAGCAUGGUGGGAAGAGAUUCGAACUAAAGGGCAUCAAGACAAGAAAGACGAGACAUGGUGGCCUGUGCUCGACACACCUAGUAGCCUUAUUGAAGUCUUAACAAGCAUGAUAUGGGUGACUUCAGGGCACCACGCUGCUGUCAACUUCGGUCAGUACGCUUAUGCAGGGUACUUCCCAAACAGGCCUACCAUUGCAAGAAUCAACAUGCCUUCAGAAGACCCCACUAAAGAAACAAAGACAAAUUUUGCUAAAGAUCCAGUUGGUUUUUUGCUCCAAACUUUUCCAUCCAAACUGCAAGCAACAAAAGUUAUGGCUGUUCUUAGUGUGUUGUCGAAUCAUUCCCCUGAUGAGGAGUACAUAGGUGAUCAAACUGAGCCUUCGUGGGCUGAAGAUCCAACGAUAAAAUCAGCAUUUGAGAGGUUCAAUGCUAGUUUGAAAAACUUGGAGAAUGUUGUUGAUUCAAGGAAUGCAGAUAACAAGUGGAAGAACAGAAAUGGAGCAGGAACUUUACCAUAUCAACUACUUAAGCCAUUUUCGAAAUCUGGGGUGACUGGUAUGGGAGUUCCAAACAGCAUUUCGAUAUAAUCCAAACCCAUAACCUACAAUUCAAAAUCUUUAUAUACAACUUUAUUUUAUAAGAAAGGAAAUUUUUUAAUUGGUUGUAAUAAUUUAGGAUAUUUAGCUUAACUUAGCUUCACAUCAUAAUUAUUGGUGUUACAAGGGGGUAGGGGGGAAAUUUAAUUUGUGCAAUUUGAUAGUAGUUAUAGACUUAUAGUGUUGUAUGAGUAUAGAUCAAUAAACUAUUUUUACAUUCCAGAAAAGGUUAUUUGAUAAUAGUUAUAGACUUAUA